UUAAUUUGCAGUUAUCACGAUUACUACUUCUGGAUCCCAGUGGUGGCGCCAUUCUUUGGCACUGUUGUAGCAGCUUGGUCCUACUUUAUUUUUGUUGGUUUUCAUAUUCCGGAUAAGCCGUCCAGUUAUCUAAAGGACAACAAAGAUGACGGCGAUGCAGUUCCACUGAAAGCCACGUAUGUUGGUUAA